AUGGCUGGAGGUAAUGAGGUACAAUAUCCACCUCGAGUGUCUCAUCAAAAUGAAGCAAAUAUUGUGAGAUACAUCCAGGAUUGGUCUUUGGCUAAUGGACUGGUCCUCUUAUCUGGUGAGUUAAAUGGAAGCGGCAUUCCUGCUCCAGUGACUGUGUUUCCCUCUCCUUUUUCUAAAUCUGCAUUUAAUGAAGCUUUACUUGUUCAAAAGGGUUAUAACGAUAUUUACCAUGAGAUUGUGAAAGAUGAACAGUGGCUGCUUAAGGAAUUGUCUGAACUCGGAAAGUAUGAUCCAGACUUCACUGGUCGAUUGCUUGAUAUUCAUCUGAGAGUGCAGAGAGAGGGCCCCUCUCAAUCAUUGACCGGAGGCUUGUUCCGUUCUGAUUAUAUUAUACAUAGUAAUUCCGACAAGUCAGGUGGUCAAAUCAAACAGGUUGAGUUCAAUACUGUUUCUGUUUCAUUUGGUGGUUUGUCCUCCAAGCUGUCCGAAUUGCAUAACUACCUGGUCGCUGCUGAUGUUUACAAUCUUUCCAUUCAGGGUCUUCCUGCCCUUGACAAGAACUCUAUUCCCAUCUCCAAAUCUCUCGUGAAACUAUCUUCGUCAUUGGCUGAGAUGCAUAAGGCAUAUAUUACUCGAGAAGGUAGGGACCAAGGCACUGCCAUACUGUUUGUAGUCCAACCAGGUGAGAGGAAUGCUCUUGAUCAACGAUUGCUAGAGUUUGAGCUUUUUAACUCUCAUGGCAUAAAGUCUUAUAGAUUGACACUAGAGCAUGCACGAACCAAGUUGACAAAGACCACUUCAGGGUCGUCUAAGCUUCUCAAGCAUGUUGCAAGUGAUUCUGAAAUUUCUGUGGUAUACUACAGGAGUGGAUACGGGCCGUCAGACUACCCAACUGAGAGAGAGUGGUCUGCACGCUACUUCUUAGAGAAUUCUCACGCAAUUAAAUGCCCAUCGGUGCUGACGCAACUUUCAGGGGCUAAGAAGAUCCAACAACUACUUACUGACACUCCUAUUUUCAAUAGAUUUGCCAAGUUUUCCAAGUCUACUUUAGAAGAUAGCUUGGUUUUAGAGGCUAAAGGAACGGAAACUAUCGAUACUAAGGACUUUUUACUUAAGAAGAUUCUCGACACAUUUGUGAAAAUCUACCCUCUCGAUGAGUCGGAAAGGGGUCUGGAAGCCCGUAAGCUUGCUUUUGAUUCACCUGAGAAGUUUGUGCUGAAACCUCAGAGAGAAGGAGGUGGAAACAAUGUUUAUAGAAGGAACAUUCCCUCGUUCUUGACUAGUAUACCAAAGAAAAACUGGGGGGCAUAUAUAUUGAUGGAACUAAUCGAGCCAGCUGAGAACAAGAACAAAAUCCUAAGAAUGGGAGAAGUUUAUAGUGGUAACGUUGUAUCUGAAUUGGGUGUCUUUGGAGGAGUGCUUUGGGAUACAAAGACUGGAGAAUCUUACUUGAAUAGUAACUCAGACUGGUUGCUGAGAACCAAGCUUGAAACCAGUGACGAAGGUGGUGUCGCAGCUGGUUUUGGUUGCAUUGACUCUGUAUAUUUAGUUUAA